CUGAGUACCAAGGAACCAAGGAGGUCAGAGAGGAUGGCGUCCAGUCAAGCCAGCAUUUCUUUCGUGUCUGAGCCCAGAAUAUACAGCAGUGGUGAUGAUCAGUUCAACAGGGGAAUACAGCAGGUUGCACAGUCUGUAGAGGAGGGUGGUGGUGAUGGUUACAAUUACCAGGACAACAAGGUCACCAUUGACAACCUGAACAAACAGCUGGUCACUAUGGAGGAACAGCUUAACAAGAACAGCAUGAGAGCCCAUAUGCUGAACUGUGAACUGGCCAUGCAGUUUGACCCUGUUACCAUCAGUGCCCUGAACCAGUGCCAGGAGAGCUGUGAGAGGUGUGAGGGUAUCCUGACUGAGACAGCCCAGGCCCCCACCUUACAGGUACACAUCGAGAACGAAGUGGACAUACCACAGCAGGACCUUAUGGAGGUGGUUGUCAAUCCUGACAAGUUGUCACCUUAGAUCAUCUUCAAAUUGGCCUAUUUGUCAUGGCUGUAAGGUGAUGUAGUACUUUAUUCACUUGACAUCAUCACUACAACAUAGGUCCUGGCCAUGAUACCUAGAGUUCAUGAUGCCAUAGAAAGAUCACGACAGUAACUGGAGAAUAUCCAUUCCCCGAAAAAUGGCAAUUUUGUGGCAUGAUGUUGAAUUGUCCUUUAACUAGUGCCAAGGAACCUUGCCUUACUGGUGUAUAGAUACAGUGACCAUGUUGCUAUUACAUAAUUGCUCAGUUACUAUAGCAACAUACCUGCAAAUGGCAUGUAGGGUGUCUUUCGGCUUUGGUUAGAUUACUAUUACCGUUGGGACGGCUGCCAGGAGCAUGAUUUAUCAGGCUAAUAAAAGUACCAGCUGAAUGAACAAGAACAACUUCAAUGUUUUGGGAUGGACAAUGAAGAAUAGUGGUAAAGAAUACAUCUCUUCUUAAAAAUGAGAAAAAGUGCUGAAGUUUCAGCUUGUUAAAGUGACCAUUAAUGUGCUGUGAUAAGAUAUACCCUUCCAACCAGAAGUUAUCUUGGUUCUACUACUUGUUAAUGUAUAAUUGUCCUGUAUAAUGGAACCCUAACUAUUGGAGCUGCUGUUGUAAGUUAACUUUCCUUGAACUUCUGCUAUUGAACUAAAAUAAAAUACACCUGUAUUCA